AUGAACACGGAGGAGCUGGAGUUACUGAGUGACUCCAAGUACAGGAACUACGUCGCCGCGGUGGACAAGGCACUGAAGAGUUUCGAGUACUCCAGCGAAUGGGCGGAUUUGAUUUCGGCACUUGGAAAGCUCAACAAGGUCUUGCAAAACAAUGCAAAGUACCAAGUAGUACCAAAAAAGCUGACCAUAGGUAAGCGUCUCGCACAAUGUCUGCAUCCAGCAUUGCCAGGAGGAGUUCACCGGAAGGCGCUUGAAACGUACGAGAUCAUCUUCAAAAUCAUCGGUCCGAAGCGUCUGGCGAAGGAUCUCUUUCUGUACAGUUCUGGGCUUUUCCCUCUUCUUGCCAAUGCCGCCAUGUCCGUUAAACCAACCCUUCUUAGUCUGUAUGAGAUUUAUUACCUGCCUCUGGGAAAAACAUUAAAGCCUGGCCUGCAAGGGUUGUUAACAGGAAUUCUUCCUGGUUUAGAGGAGGGCUCAGAGUACUAUGAGAGAACAAACACCUUGUUGGAGAAGGUCGCUACAGCAGUGGAUCAGUCAGCCUUCUACAGUGCCCUGUGGGGGAGUCUUCUCACCAGCCCCGCUGUCCGCUUGCCUGGAAUCACUUACGUUCUGUCUCAUCUAAACCGAAAGCUUUCUAUGGAAGACCAGCUUUACAUCAUCGGCAGCGAUAUUGAAUUAAUGGUAGAAGCAGUGAGAACCUCAGUGCAGGAUUCAAGUGUACUGGUACAGAGAAGCACACUGGACCUCAUUCUCUUCUGUUUCCCCUUCCAUAUGAGUCAGGCUACUCGGCCAGACAUGAUCAGGAUCCUGUCAGCGGCGCUUCACGUUGUGCUGAGGCGAGAUAUGUCAUUGAACCGCAGGCUCUACGCCUGGCUUCUUGGCUUUGAUAACAAUGGGGCUAUAAUAGGACCCAGAAGCACGAGACACAGUAAUCCCGAGGAACACGCCUCAUACUACUUUGCCACUUUUUCUAAAGAAAUGUUGGUCCAGGCAAUGGUGGGGAUCCUUCAAGUGAAUGGAUUUGGAGAAGAAAGCACAUUAAUGCAGGACCUCAAACCUUUUCGCAUUUUAAUCAGUUUACUGGACAAGCCUGAGUUAGGACCUGUAAUCCUAGAGGAUGUAUUGAUUGAAGUAUUUAGAACAUUGUACACCCAGUGCAAAGCAGAAUUGGAUCUCCAGGUGGAACCCCCCUUCAGCAAGGAUCACGCCCAGCUGAGCAGCAAAUUGAGGGAAAAUAAGAAAACAGCGGAGCUGAUUAAAACGGCCAAUCUUCUCUUCAAUUCUUUCGAGCCUUAUUAUAUGUGGGAUUACAUUGCCCGUUGGUUUGAAGAGUGUUGUAGGAGGACACUACAUGCCAGACUUCAAAAUGGCCUUGGAGAUGGUAGUGAACCAUCUGAGUUACCACUGACCAAUUUCUGCCUACUGGUGGAUUUUUUGUUGGAUAUUGUCUCUUUGCCUACUAGAAGUAUGAGGGUGCUGUGUCAGGAGACUUAUAUCGAAAUACAAACGGAACACUUGCCCCAGUUGCUGCUACGAAUGAUUUCUGCACUGACGAGCCACCUGCAGACUUUGCACUUGUCUGAACUAACAGAUUCCCUCAGGCUCUGUUCGAAGAUACUGAGCAAGGUUCAACCCCCACUGCUCUCUGCAGGGACGGACGGUGUAGCCCACUUUCCAAGAGGUCAGACCAGUUCUCUCAAGGAAUGGGAAGACAAAAAGGCCCCCCCCAUUUCUGCCGAAAAUCCCAACGAUGUGUUCGAAGAUGGCGACAAUCCCCCAAGCAGUCGAUCGUCUGAGAGCGGGUUCACCGAAUUCGUACAGUACCAGGCCGAUAAGGCGGACGACAUCGACAGGGUAGUGAGUGAAAACCAAGGGCCAUCCGGGGUUCCGGUGGGUAGUACGUCUUCGGAGACCGAAACCGCCUCCACCGGGGGGUCGGAAGAAACCAUCAUCCGGCUCCCUUCCUCGGUUGCACAAGGGACAGCGACACAGAGUGGGAAGACGGGCCAAAAGACUGCAAUGCAGUACUGCUUGGCGUACUUCCAACAGUUUUUAACCAGACUUAUCAACCUCUACAUCAUCCAGUGUAACUCCUCGUCUCAGUCUUUGGCAACAGAGCUUUCCGGGGAGCUGCCCCGAGAGCACCAGGAGACUACAAAAUGGGACAUCAACUCCCAAGGAGACGUCAAAGGGCAAACCCCGAGUAAACCCCCAGCUCCGAAAGAAUACCUUUCUGCCUUCGUUGCUGCUUGCCAGCUCUUCCUCGAAUGUUCCAGUUUUCCUGUGUACAUUGCUGAGGGAAACCACUCUUCAGAGUUACAGUCCGAGAAGUCAGAUAUUGAGUGUGAGCAGGUGCAACCUCCCCUGUGGCUCCAGACCCUAAUGAACGCUUGCAGUCAAGCCAGUGACUUCAGUGUUCAGAGCGUGGCGAUAUCGUUGGUCAUGGACUUGGUGGGAUUGACCCAAUCUGUUGCUGUGGUUACUGGGGAAAACGUAAACAGCGUAGAGCCUGCCCAGCCUUUAAGUCCAAACCAGGGAAGGGUGGCUGUGGUUAUAAGGCCACCCCUUACUCAAGGUAACCUGAGGUACACAGCUGAAAAGACAGAAUUUUUCAAGCAUGUCGCUUUAACCUUGUGGGAGCAACUGGGAGAGAAGACACCCCAGCAUCACCAGAAGAGCGUGGAACUUUUCUACCAGCUACACAAUUUGGUUCCUUCCUCUAGCAUCUGUGAGGAUGUCAUUAGUCAGCAGCUAACCCACAGAGAUAAGAAAGUAAGGAUGGAAGCACAUGCAAAGUUUGCAGUACUUUGGCAUCUAACCAGGGACCUGCAUAUAAAUAAAUCAUCAUCUUUUGCACGCUCUUUUGACAGGUCUUUGUUUAUCAUGUUAGACAGCCUUAACAGCUUGGACGGUUCUACCUGUUCUGUGGGGCAAGCCUGGCUGAAUCAAGUCCUGCAGAGGCACGAUAUUGCAAGAGUCCUGGAACCCCUUCUGCUACUACUGCUGCAUCCAAAAACGCAGCGGGUUUCUGUGCAGCGGGUGCAAGCCGAGCGUUAUUGGAAUAAAUCUCCUUGUUAUCCCGAGGAAGAAAGUGACAAGCAUUUCGUGGCAAACUUUGCCUGUCCUGAUGCCUUUUCCCACAUGCCAGCCAGCCAAGGACAACUUAUCAUUCCGCAAGGAACCAGUGAAAAGCAGUUGGUCAUGGACGAGAUGGAGAACUUCAGCCUCACCGUCAACCCUUUAAGCGACAGACUUUCCCUGUUGAGUACCAGCAGCGAGACGAUCCCAAUGGGCGUGGCGGAUUUUGACCUCCCGGACCCGCAGAUCGAAAUCCUUCAGAGCUCUGACUCCGGGUGCUCCCAGACCUCAGGCGGCGACAACCUCAGCCUCGAGGCGGACCCGGAGAAUGCCGAUCCGGACGAUCGGCCCCGGUCGCCCAAGGAAGACUCCCUGGAUGAAAUCAUCCAGCAAGUGGUGAGCGACCUCAUCUGCCAAGUCGUCAGCGGCCUGGAAAAGGAACCCGAGCCAGUUCCCCAGCCAGGCCCAACGGAUGCCCCCUCCUCAAAAUUCAACGCUUCAGAUCCCGCCGAGGAGGUCGCCCCAAGCGAGGAUCGAACCACAGGGAGCAGCCAGAGCAGUCUGCUCGGCCAGGGGUGCUCUCAGUUCUUAUCCGUCUCCGCCGAGGCCGGGUUUGAGGGCCUGGCGAGCGGAAUGUCCCGGAAUAGCUCCUCCCCCUGUAUCUCAGCGCCCCAGCCCCCGCUCCGGGACCCAGGAGCCCGGUCAGCCGAAACGAAGGCCCGGCAACGGAGCCACAGCAGCAUCCAGUUCGGCUGCCGGGAGAAGCCGGCCGAGAAGGUCCCGGAGAAGCAGACGAUCGUCAAAGAGUCGGGGAAGCAGCCGGGGGCCAAGCCCAAAGUCAAACUCGCCCGGAAGAAAGACGAAGACAAGAAGAAAGGGCCGAACGAGAAGCCCAAGCCGACCAACGUCUUCUUUAGCGACGGCCUGGAUCUAGAGAACUGGUACAGCUGCGGCGAGGGGGAGAUCUCAGAGAUAGAGAGCGACGUGGGGUCCCCGGGGACGCGGAAGUCGCCCCACUUUAACAUCCAUCCCCUGUAUCAGCACGUGCUGCUCUACCUGCAGUUGUACGAUUCAUCGAGGACGCUGUACGCCUUCUCCGCCGUGAAGGCCAUCUUGAAAACAAAUCCUAUCGCUUUCGUCAACGCCAUCUCCACCACGAGCGUCAACAACGCGUACACGCCUCAACUGUCUCUGCUUCAGAACCUCUUGGCCCGGCACCGGAUAUCGGUCAUGGGCAAAGACUUCUACAGUCACAUCCCGGUGGACUCGAACCAUAAUUUCCGCAGCUCCAUGUACAUAGAAAUCCUCAUCUCUCUCUGUCUGUAUUACAUGCGGAGCCACUACCCGACGCACGUCAAAGUGGCUCCCCAGGACCUGAUCGGCAACCGCAACAUGCAGAUGAUGAGCAUCGAAAUCCUGAGCCUCCUCUUUUCGGAACUGGCCAAGGUCAUCGAGAGCUCCGCCAAGGGCUUCCCGAGCUUCAUUUCCGACAUGCUGUCCAAGUGCAAGGUGCAGAAGGUGAUCCUCCACUGCCUGCUGUCGUCCAUCUUCAGCGCCCAGAAAUGGCACAGUGAGAAGACGGCGGGGAGGAACCUCGUGGCUCUCGAGGAAGGCUUCUCGGAGGACAGCCUCAUCAACUUCUCGGAGGACGAAUUCGACAACGGCAGCACGCUUCAGUCCCAGCUCUUGAAGGUCCUUCAGAGGCUGAUCGUCCUGGAGCAUCGGGUCAUGACGGGGCCCGAGGAGAACGAAGCCGGCUUCGAGUUCGUCAUCACCGACCUGGAGCACAUCAACCCGCAGCAGCCGAUGACUUCCCUUCAGUACCUACACGCCCAGCCCAUCACGUGCCAGGGCAUGUUUCUCUGCGCGGUGAUAAGAGCUUUGCAUCAGCACUGCGCCUGCAGAAUGCACCCGCAGUGGAUUGGCCUGAUCACCUCCACGCUGCCUUACAUGGGGAAAGUUCUGCAGAGAGUGGUGGUCUCUGUGACCCUUCAGCUCUGCAGGAAUCUGGAUAAUCUAAUCCAGCAGUAUAAAUACGAAACGGGAUUGUCCGACAACAGGCCGCUUUGGAUGGCAUCAAUUAUUCCUCCAGAUAUGAUGCUGACUCUCCUGGAAGGCAUCACAACCAUUAUCCAUUACUGUCUGUUGGAUCCAGCCACGCAGUAUCAUCAGCUUUUGGUCAAUGUAGACCAAAAACACUUGUUUGAAGCUCGCAGUGGGAUCCUGUCCAUCCUCCAUCUGAUCAUGUCCUCUGUGACCUUGCUUUGGAGCAUCCUGCACCAGGCAGAUUCUUCAGAGAAAGCCACGGUUGCCGCUGCUGCGUCUGUGACCACCGUGAACCUUGGAUCCACUAAGAACCUGAGGCAGCAGAUUCUUGAAUUGUUGGGCCCAAUCUCGAUGAAUCACGGCGUGCACUUCAUGGCCGCGGUUGCUUUUGUGUGGAACGAACGGAGGCCGAGCAAAACGGCUAAUCGGACAAAGGUCAUCCCAACGGCCAGUGAAGAACAGCUUUUGCUAGUGGAGCUGGUUCGCUCCAUCAGUGUCAUGAGAACUGAGACGGUCAUCCAGACGGUGAAAGAAGUUUUAAAGCAACCGCCAGCCAUAGCCAAAGACAAGAAACAUCUUUCAUUGGAAGUCUGCAUGCUUCAGUUUUUCUUUGCAUAUAUUCAAAGGAUUCCUGUACCUAACCUGAUGGACAGCUGGGCAUCCUUGCUGGUUCUCCUCAAAGACUCCAUCCAACUGAAUCUCCCAGCACCUGGGCAGUUUCUCCUACUUGGGGUUCUGAAUGAGUUUAUUAUGAAAAACCCCAGUCUGGAAAAUAAAAAAGAUCAAAGAGACCUUCAGGAUGUUACUCAUAAAAUAGUGGAUGCCAUCGGAGGAAUUGCUGGAUCUUCUUUGGAGCAGACUACUUGGUUACGACGAAAUCUAGAAGUUAAGCCUUCCCCCAAAAUCAUGGUUGAUGGAACCAGUCUGGAAUCUGAUGUUGAAGACAUGUUGUCUCCUGCUAUGGAAACUUCAAACAUCACUCCUUCAGUCUAUAGCGUGCACGCAUUGACACUACUGUCUGAGGUUUUGGCUCAUCUUUUGGAUAUGGUGUUCUACAGUGAUGAAAAGGAGAGGGUUAUUCCGUUACUUGUAAAUAUUAUGCAUUAUGUUGUUCCCUACCUCCGAAAUCACAGUGCUCACAACGGCCCCAGUUAUCGAGCUUGUGCCCAGCUCCUUGGCAGCCUCAGCGGCUAUCAGUAUACAAGAAGAGCUUGGAAAAAGGAAGCCUUUGACCUCUUUAUGGAUUCCAGUUUCUUCCAAAUGGAUGCCUCUUGUGUCAACCAUUGGCGAGCAAUUAUGGACAACCUGAUGACCCAUGACAAAACAACUUUUAGGGAUUUGAUGACACGAGUAGCCGUGGCUCAGAGCAGUUCUCUCAACCUGUUUGCGAACCGGGACGUGGAGCUGGAACAGAGAGCUAUGCUCCUUAAAAGACUUGCAUUUGCUAUUUUCAGCAGUGAAAUUGACCAGUAUCAGAAAUACCUGCCAGACAUACAAGAACGAUUGGUAGAGAGCCUCCGUCUGCCCCAGGUGCCCACCCUGCACUCCCAGGUGUUCCUGUUCUUCAGAGUGUUGCUUUUAAGGAUGUCUCCUCAGCAUCUCACCUCUCUUUGGCCAACUAUGAUCACCGAGCUUGUGCAAGUGUUUUUACUAAUGGAACAGGAGCUCACGGCCGAUGAGGACAUUUCAAGGACUGCAGGCCCCUCUGUGGCUGGGUUGGAGACCACGUACACAGGGGGUAAUGGCUUCUCUACUUCCUAUAACAGCCAGCGGUGGUUGAACCUGUACCUCUCAGCCUGCAAGUUUCUGGAUUUGGCUCUGGCGCUGCCCUCAGAAAACCUUCCCCAGUUUCAGAUGUACCGCUGGGCCUUUAUUCCCGAAGCAUCCGAUGAUUCAGGGUUAGAAGUACGAAGGCAAGGUACACAUCAGCGGGAAUUUAAACCCUAUGUGGUACGACUGGCAAAAUUGCUGCGGAAAAGGGCAAAGAAAACGCCCGAAGAGGACAGUGCGGGGAAGGCCCUGGGCUGGGAGCCGGGCCAGCUGCUGCUCACCAUCUACACCGUGCGCUCCAUCGAACAGCUCCUGCCCUUCUUCAACGCGCUCAGCCAGGUCUUCAACAGCAAAGUCAUGAGCCGGUACCUGGGACACUUAGGGAGUCCCGCCCUCUACCCCAGCGCCUUCCCCACCAAGGACAUUAAGCCGGAAAACCAGAAAAUGUUCUCCAGCAAAGCCAGGCAAAAAAUCGAAGAGACCGUGGAGAAGGAUUUUCUGGAAGGGGUGAUUAAAACGUGAGCACAGACCGCGGCUCGGCUUUGGCGUCCUGGAACUGUUGCACAGGGGCUCCCCCACCCUGCCUCCCACCGCUUCCCGGUUGGAUGGUGUUUCUUUUUUAUUUUCUAUGUAACAAAUCCUGUUGGGGUGUAUUUAAUUUAAACAUUUGUAAAUAGGAACAAACGUUCUGGAUGUGGCCUGAAUCAUGUUUAAAUAUUGUCGGCUCAUAUUGAUUAUGGUGCCUCAGAAUAUAUAUGUAUAUAUAUAUAGAAAGAGAGCUGUAUAGAGACACAUAGUCCAUCUGUUUUAUCGUCCCGGGUUCUGUCCUAACUCUGCAAAAUACAAGUUGCACUUUUUUUC